AUGAUGAAUUAACUUAAUAUUUUGAAUCGAGUGAAAUUGAAUUGUGAAACCGGUUCAAAAGUAAGUAAUCUUUAUUUUGCAAAGUCAAAAUAAAUUAAGAAUUUCAAGCAAGUCUGCGUCUCUUCAACAAGCGGCGGCGGCAGCGGCGCUCUCUCUCACCGGAGGAUAUGUACUUCAGCUAAUGAGGAGCUCAUAUUCCUAUGUCCGAUCAUCGUUAUUAAUUAAUAUUUUAAUAUGAAUAAUGCCGCCGCCAAAUCAUUAUACCCUGCUCAGCACCUCCGCCGAGCCGCGGAUUUGAGCUCAGCCGCCAACAACUAUGCCGCCAAGCUUCAGCUCUGCUGCCAACGUGGCCCUUCUCAGUACACUCCUGCUCUUUGCAUCCAUGCCCACAUGAUUGUUUCUGGGUUCACUCCACGUGCCCACAUUCUUAACCGUUUGAUUGAUAUCUACUGCAAAUCUUCCAACUUUAACUAUGCAAAAAAACUGUUCGAUGAAAUUCCUGAACCAGAUGUCGUUGCAAGAACCACUUUAAUUGCGGCAUACUCGUCUUCUAGAAAUCCAAAGUUGGCCAGAGAGAUAUUCGACAAAACCCCUUUAAGAAUCCGCGACACUGUUUGCUAUAACUCCAUGAUCACUUGCUAUUCCCAUAACAACGAUGGCCAUGCUGCUAUUCAACUUUUUAAAGAAAUGAGACAAAUGAGUUUCAAACCAGAUAAUUUUACAUACACGAGUGUGCUUGCAGCUUUGGCACUUAUAGCGGACCGUGAGAGGCAUUGUCACCAGCUGCAUUGUGUUGUGGUCAAAUCAGGUACUGGUUUAGUUACUUCCGUCGUGAAUGCACUCAUUUCAGUGUACGUCAAGUGUGCUUUCUCUCCACUGGCAUCAUCCUCUUCAUUGAUGGCUUCAGCCAGGAAGUUAUUUGAUGUUAUGCCGGAAAAGGAUGAGUUGUCGUGGACGACAAUAAUCACAGGGUAUGUGAAGAACGAAGAUCUUGAUUCUGCUAAAGAAGUUUUUGACGGUAUGGAUGAGAAAUUGGUGGUGGCAUGGAAUGCCAUGAUUUCUGGUUACGUUCAGAAAGGGCUCGUUUUUAAAGUGUUUGAAAUGUUUAGAAGUAUGCAUUCUUUGGGUAUUAAGCACGAUGAUUUUACCUAUACCAAUGUCCUCAGUGCUUGUGCUGAUGCUGGGUUGUUUCUUCACGGUAAGCAAGUUCACGCGUACAUAUUACGAACGGAGGCAAAACCAGCAUGGGCUUUUAUGGUGUCUGUAAAUAAUGCCCUUAUUACGUUAUAUUGGAAAUGCGGUGAACUUGAACAAGCAAGAAGUAUUUUUGAUUCAAUUUCCAUCAAGGAUCUUAUUUCGUGGAACGCAAUUUUAUCAGCCUACGUGAGUAAGGGGAAAAUCCAUGAGGCAAAAUCCAUUUUCGACGAAAUGUCUGAGAAAAAUAUGUUAUCUUGGACAGUAAUGAUAUCUGGAUUAGCACAACACGGUUCGGGUGAAGAAGCUUUGAAACUCUUCAGCAAAAUGAAGUCAAACGGUCUUGAACCAUGUGACUACGCAUUUUCAGGAGCCAUUACCUCGUGUGCCGUACUUGCAUCUUUAGAGCAAGGCCGCCAGCUCCACGGUCAGCUUAUUCGGCUCGGCUUCGACUCGAGCCUUUCAGCUGGUAAUGCUCUUAUUACAAUGUACGCACGAUGCGGUGUACUCGAUGCUGCUUACAGUGUGUUUCUUACAAUGCCUUGUCUGGAUUCUGUGUCUUGGAAUGCAAUGAUAGCAGCCCUUGGACAACAUGGACAUGGAAAUCAAGCGCUGCAACUUUACGAAGAGAUGUUGGAAGAAAGAAUAUUGCCUGAUCGGAUAACGUUUCUCACAGUCCUCUCUGCAUGUAGCCAUGCAGGUUUAGUCGAACAAGGAAAACAGCACUUCAAUUCCAUGAAUGAAAUAUACGGAAUAUCUCCAGGCGAAGAUCAUUACGCGAGACUGAUCGAUUUACUGUGCCGAGCCGGAAAAUUAACCGAAGCUGAAAACGUGAUUCGGAAUAUUCCUUUCGAGCCCGGAGCAUCGAUUUGGGAAGCUUUACUUUCUGGAUGCCGUCUACAUGGAAACAUGGAUUUAGGUGUCGAAGCUGCCGAACGUCUCUUUGAGAUGACCCCACAAAACGAUGGCUCGUAUAUACUUCUAGCAAACAUGUUCGCCACUGCAGGAAGAUGGGAUGACGUGGCGACGGUGCGGAAAUUCAUGAGGGGGCGGGGGGUGAAAAAGGAGCCUGGGUGUAGUUGGCUCGAGGUCGAAAAUAAAGUUCACGUAUUUUUAGUCGACGACACUGUGCACCCUGAAGUGCUGGCGGUGUACAGUUACAUGGCGGAGUUGGUACUGAGGUUGAGGAAGUUAGGGUAUAUUCCGGACACUAAAUACAUACUGCAUGAUAUGGAGUCGGAGCAAAAAGAAUAUGCUUUGUCUACUCAUAGUGAGAAGUUAGCUGUUGUUUAUGGGCUGCUAAAACUUCCGAAAGGAGCCACUAUAAGAAUAUUCAAGAACCUUCGGAUUUGUGGGGAUUGUCAUAAUGCGGUUAAGUUCAUGUCGAAAGCGGAGGGUAGGGAGAUUAUUGUGAGGGAUGUGAAGAGGUUUCAUCAUUUUAAGGAUGGGGAAUGCUCUUGUGGUAAUUACUGGUGAAUGAAACAUGUUACCGUUGUAACUUAUAACCAACUGGAUAUAAAGUGUUCGUUGGUUUUUAUUGUUUAUAUGUGACACUCGCCUUGCAGAAGUGGCUCGAGGUAAUAAUAUGUUUUGUUAUAUUUUAGAUUUUCCGAUUAUCUACCUCCAUAUCACUCGUGUUUCUUGCUGAUGUUUAAUUACUGCUUUAUGAUAUCACAUUUCAAUCUUUGUGGAGAAUAGAAAUCGUGCACCACUAACAAUAAUAUAUAAUUUCUGCUACAUCAGCUUGUAUAAAUUGUAAUUUAGAAUAGAGAUAACAGAGAAUGGGGCAUAAUUUGUCACUAUUGCAUAAAGUUUUGCCUAUUAUCUUUUAACAUACAUCAUUGUUUAAAUCGAAAUUCAAAUUGUCACUAUUUUCUGCUAUAUCUUUGCCUUUGUUUCUCUCUCCAGAUUGAGAAAAGCGACUUUUCACUAUCGCAGUAAAACCAAAGAAUGAGGAGGGUCCAUGAAGUUAGUUCAUCAAGAACUAGAUGAUCUCUCAAAUGCAAUUCGUUUCUAAUUUGUUCCGAGACUGCGAUUGUUGACUUGCUCGACUUUGGUUAUCAUCAGAAUAUUCUUGUGCAAUGCAACUGGUGGAGAGCUUUGGGGCAGCAGUUUGAAUGAAUCUGUUUGAUUUUUUGUUAGAAUCUUAAACAAACAAAUUGAGUUCAUUGAUGUGGAUUGAUUACAAGGUUAGACAAUUCUUCACUUGCUUUUAUACUUGGUUCUUACAUAUUUCUUUCUUUUAGGGAGUUGAAAUAUUAUUGUAUG